CAUCAUAUACGAAAUACAUGUUUCUAUAUACUAUUGUAGUUUUUCGUUUCGUUAAGUUAUGCAUAUAGUUUUUUAUUGUGUGUGACAUACAAAAUUUCAAGAAAAAAGAGUAUUCUUUUGGCACAAAAAUAUUGUGUGUACAUUUGGUUGUAAUGAAGUGAAGUUUCGCAUUGUUUGUCUGCACUAACGCAGCAGCAGAAGUAACACUAGUCGCAGCACGUAAUAACAAAAGUUUUAUUUUUUUUUCACGAAUUCUCUCUAUACAAUACGGACUAUUUUUAAAAUAAAUAAAUACUUUUGUCGAAAGUAAUGUGUUCAAUUUAAUUUUGUGUUGUGUGUGUUUUAUUUUUCAUUUAAAAGAAUCUGCAAUAGUGGAUGAAGACAAAAAAGGAACAAAAAAAGAGAAAAUUAUAAGAAAAUGCGAGAAUGAGAGCCAAGAAUUUGAAGAAGACAUAAAAGCGAUUUUAAUUUUUCGUCGCUUCCAGUUGGUAAGCAAAUGAAUUUCAGACAGUGUGGAAUAAGUAAGCAUUUGUCGCUAUUUCGUCGGUGCCUGAGUUCUGUUUUCGACAAUCUGCCCUUUAAAGUGACUACAAGACUUGAAAAAAAAGUAUUACAUAUUUGCCAUUUUCAAGUGUUUUUUUUUGUUCUGCUUUUCGCUCGGGUAUUGUGUAUGUGAAGGUUGAUACCGAGAGAAAGAGAGAGAGAGAGAGAGAGAGAGAGAGAGAGAGAGAGAGAAAAUACAACGACCGACCAUCAUUUUUGACCAACACACAAUAUUUUUUUCUUUAUUUUUGUGCAAUUCACAUUGGAAUUCACUGAAUAAAUAAUAACGCAAAAUACAAAGUGAAUGAAAUAAAAGCGAAAAAAAAGACGUAACAAAAAAAAGAAGCAAAAACGCAGUGACACACAUGAAAUUUGGUUUAAAAAAAACGGAAGAGAGCGAGCGAGAGAAAUCUAGUCACAAAGUAUUAAAAGUAAAGUGUUUAAAAUUGACAAAAAUUUAAAGACUGGUUUCGGAUUUAAAUGUCCCAUUCAAUGGCAAUUGACUUUGGGCUGCCUCUAAACUUCAACCAUUAACAGAGAAGUUCAGUAAACGAUUGCACGAAAUACAACAACCGGCUACAGCGAUGAACGAAUGAACUGUUCAAAACAGCACAGUCUGAAGAAUCGAAACCAUUUUCGGUCAAUCAUCAUUCAAUAAAUAAAAAAAAUCGAGAACAAAGACUGUUUUCAAUGGAUUUGGUAUUUCAACAAGAGUAGCUCUUCAAAAGCCGAUUUUACAAAUCAAUAAAUAUAUCGUCGAUAUAGAAUUAUGCGUUCUUAUUGAAACGGUGCGACAGGUGUUAUAGACAAAGAGUGUUAUCGGUGUUCAAAAGAAUGUGCGCAUGUAAUAAUCUUUAAGCCUGCUUGCAUGCAGAUGUACAAAACGGUGUCACGAAACAUAAAACGAAUAAUACACGAGAUCCGGUGAAAACAAUUUGCAUUUGCACGUGUAAAAUGUGAAAUUGCAAAUUUGCUAAAAUAUUGAACGGUUACACAGGACGGGAGACGAAAGUGAGCAAAUGAACAGCCGAACGAAUGCUUAGUAUAACAUACAAAGUAUUUUAAGGCGUCGAUUUAACGGCAACAGCGAAGGGUGAAAACAGCAAUAAAAAAAAAUAAAAACGUCCAAAAGUUCGAUAUCAAAACAGAGAGCGAAUACAUUUUGCAGCGCACAUAUUCAGUUCGAUUCUCAGCUGAUGUGAGUCGGUGGUGAACGAACAAAAUAGCGGCGACAGUGUUCACGCAUAUCGAGAUCAGUGUGCUACAGAAGAAAUAGACAACGUUUGCAUGCCGAGACGUGCACAACGAAUGAAAAUUCAGUACGCCGAAAAGAGACAAACAGAAAGAAACGAAUAAAAUUUAAACAAAAAAACCGACAUUGCCAAACAAUCGAUGCGUACAUGUGAAAGCUUCAUGUUGUCGAAAUGCAAAUAAAUACAACAACUGAUCCGAAUUAAAAACACUCAAUAGAGACGAAUCACAUUGUGUGUACAUAUCAGAACCACAAUUCCAUUUGGGACAAAUGCAAUAAAAAAAGAGACAUUGCUAACAGGAACCCGAAAAAACAACACGGAAACAACAUCAAAAUAACCACAAGAACUGCAAAACAAAAAAUUUCAUUAAAUUUUUAUCUAUUUAGAAGGCGGUUUGUAAAAUAACUGUCGUGUCCACUUAACUAAUAAGUGAAUCGAAAGUGACACGAUUGAUAAAGUGGCCACCGUUUCUGUCUGUUAUUUUUGGUGAGUGAAUAAUCAAGUUUCGAGUUUGUAGGAAGCCGAAAAGAAACCGACAAUCAGACACAUAUAUACAACCGACCGAGAAACAAUUUAUUGGUUUUUUUUCGUCUCUCUUAUUCAACGCGAUUUGUAUUUCAAAGAAAACAACUCGAUUUGAUAGACGCAAACGAAACAAAAAUUGAAAUAUAUUUUUAGUGCAAUGAACGAUAAUUAGCAAUUGAAGAGUGUAACAAAAAAGAAACGGUGAAGAGACAGACAUACAUUGUUGUCGGGAGUGCAAAACAAUAAAAAAACGGAACGAAGACGAAGACAGAAUAUUUAUUCGAAUGCGAUAGUCGCAUUGUUGGAUUGAGUUUGGCGGGUUGCAGGAGUCCAUGGCCAUUGGCCAAUCCAUUACUGUUAUCGCAUGUUAUCAGUGAAACUAAAAAAAGGCACAAUAUAUCAAUUGAUGUAUUUUGUGCGCGCUAAAAUUAAACAACAGUUCCGAUUAGAUCGCCAUAAAUGAUUCUAUUGCAAUUGAAAUAAAGAAUAGUGAAACAAAACGAGAGAAAGAAAGAACGAGCGUGCGCGCGCGCUCUGGUUCCGUUCUUUUAUUUUAUAGGUAUAUAUCGCGCGCGAGAACGAAGCUAUUUAUCGCGAUUGUUAUUGUUUAAAAAUAAAUACUCGAUUCACACACAAAAUAAUGACCGAUUUUUCGAUAAAGGAAUAACAACAGCACGCGAAACACAUAUGAAAAAGCUGAAGAGUAAAAAUUAAUAAUUUCGGUGAUUGUAUUUCGUAUGUAUACAAUUCAAAUGAGAUUCGGUUGAUAUCUUUAUACCGAAGGAAAACAUAUAUAUAUCCAGAAAAACGAGAAUCAUAUUUAAUUAAGAAAAUGCAUCAUAACAACGACAUAAUUAGUGGUAAAAUAUCAUCAGAUAUUGAAAAUAUGGAAUGGAACAUGGGUUCAGCACAGCUACCAAAUGUUAGAUUUGGGUCAAGCAGCAGUCAAGCGUCACAGAAUAGCGGCGACAUAUGUCGAAUAUGUCAUUGUGAAAGUGAUCCACAAAAUCCAUUACUGACGCCAUGCUAUUGUUCCGGCAGUUUGAAAUAUGUACAUCAAACAUGCUUGCAGCAAUGGUUAACUGCGUCCGAAACCAAUUCAUGUGAACUGUGCAAAUUCCCAUUUAUUAUGCACACCAAAAUUAAACCAUUCAACGAGUGGCGAAGCUUGGAUAUGUCAGGUGUUGAGCGUCGUCGUCUCUUUUGUGCGGUGCUGUUUCAUUUUGCAGCCGCAUUAUGUGUGAUAUGGUCAUUGUGUGUGCUCAUUGAACGCGCUGCCGAAGAAGUAAAACGUGGCCUCAUUGGUUGGCCUUUCUGGACAAAAUUGGUUGUAGUCACAGUUGGUUUAACUGGCGGCGUUGUAUUCAUGUAUAUUCAAUGUAGACAAUAUCUUCAUUUAUGCCAUCGAUGGCGUGCGAGGAAUCGAAUUUUACUAAUUCAAAAUGCACCGGAAAAAAUUCAUCCGAUAUCGCCACCGUCACCCGUGCUAAUCGUUCGACAUCACAAUCUUCCACAAAACAAUCAAAUGCCAGCUUUGAUGAGUGCAUCAAAUGGUGGCUCCGGCUAUAAUCGUUCAACGGCACAAAGUCAAUGUGUUGCAAAUAUUGAAAAUAAUCCAAUGAACUAUGAACGCGAUUGGCAUUUGGAUGAUUCAAGUCAAUCGUCUUUUAAACCAUGUCCGCAAGGUAGUUCUGGUAGCAUGACACCAUUUCAUGAUUCAGCUCAUACAAUGUAUGAAGCAAAUAAUGGCAGUCAAUUGCGCAGUAUACAUUCAUCAAUGGAUGGUUGUGGUUCCGAUUUAGAUCUCAAUCAAAUUCCCAAUUCAGCACAAGUGACAAUACCACUAACUGGCGGCACAUCGGCAAAUACGAUUGCAUCAACUUCCAAUCCGGAUCAUAACAUCAAUGAAUACAGUUUGUUCAAAGUUCAUUCAAGUGGACACCAGCAGCAGCAACAAAAUCGUAACACUAACAAUCAGCAUCAUCAUUAUCCAACGUCAUCGGUAUUUUUGGAAAACAGUGAUAUUCUGGACGAUAAAGACUAUCCAAAACUGUAUCAUCAUCGUCAUUCAGCCAUUAUGAUGGCACCAGAUACAAUGAACUAUGACAGCGAUGCAAAAAUUCGACGAUACUCUGAUACAAAGCUAUUGCAUGCAUCGGCACUAGACGAUGAUGACGACGAUAAUGAUGUGUAUAUGACGUAUAAUAAUAAUCAACCGAUGCCCAUUUUUAAUGUGGCUACCGUACUUGGUGCCUCAAUACCAUCCACGCAUGAUACGCAUGCCGAAAACUAUCAAAUUACCGAUAUCAUUUUUGAUUCGAAUACAACGGGUACCGGUACCUAUGAUCCGCUCGAAUUGAACAUUCAGGAAAUGCUCGAACUUGAUAUGGCCACCAGUCGAAGUGCACUGCGUAAGCCACGACAUUCAAUGAAUAAUGUUGCCGACGGUGUUGAUGAAAAGUGCAACGUUCACUAUUCAGACCAGGCUGGUAGCACUGGUGCCAACAGAAACAACGGUACCAACAAUAGCCCCAACGUCAAUGCAUACGUCAGCCAUCCAGAUAAUCGCAAUAUAUUCAAAUCGAUGCCAAAUCUCAGCGCCAGCAGUGAAAAUUUAUUACAGAAAUAAAUCAUAUGGCUUUGAUCAAUUUUACGGCACAUUUUGCGAUAAAGAUUUUGUCGCCAAAAAAAAACAAAACAAUACAAAAGAAUUUUUGAAAUUUAUGAAAAAGCUUUAAAGACCCAGGAUCCCAGCUCGUUCAGCCGUAAAAUAUUCAAUCCAAUUUUAUGAAAAGAAAAAAAAUACAUCCGUUUUCAAAACUUAAUAUAGCUAACGAACAACUUCAACUUGAAAGUCACGAAUUGUGUAUGUGUUUGGCACAACCGAUAUAUUUAACAUGUUUCUCUUUGAAUUUCAUUUUUGAAAUUGUAACACCGUUUGAUCGAUACACCAACUUUCGGCGGAAAUUUCGUUCAUUAAAAUCAGUAUAAAGGUUCCAUUUUUAUACCGAUGUUUCGGUUUCGCUAUUUCGUAGUAAGCAACACAAUGCUGCAUAUUAAAAAAAGGCUAAAUCGAGACUGCUAGAGGAAAAUUAAUUCAUCGAAAUUAAAUCAAUUUUUCUUAUUUGAGUUCAAAUUAUUUGAAACAUAAACAAAAAAAAAACUAACAACGAAUAUAAUUUCAUUUUUUUUUUUCUCGAAUGUUCUUCAUUUCUGUGAAAUUGAUUACGUUUAAAGAAAAAAAAUUAAAAAAUUAAAAGGACGUCAAUUUUAUUUUGUGGUGUCUAUUUUAACUGUUAGUCGAUCCGCUUUAAAACCCAACAAUUUAGUAAUUUUUCAAAUACCGGCUCUGUUUUCUUCGGAGUUUAUUGUUUCGAAAAAUUAAAAAAAAAUAAGUUAAAAAUAUUCAAGUACCUAGAUAAACAAAAUCUCAGACACACACGUACACACGGUUUCGUCCAAUAAUUAAGAGCGUUCGCGAUUUAACAAAAAAAUGCUUUUUUAGUAUUUUCGAUUGCUUUAAAAUUAAGAAACUACUAGCAAUUUGUGCUGUUUAAACUGCAAACUGAGAAAUCAGUGCCGACGAGGCAUAAUGCGCUGAAAGAAAUGAAAAUGGAUUAAAAUCCUUUCAAAAAGAUCGAUUGAAAGCUAUUGAAAGUGGACAUGUGAAGAGAACAUCGAAUACAACAGAGAACAAAAGAAAACAAAUUAUUCAAAAAUAUAAUACUUUUUGGAAAGAGAUUUCAAGCACACAUUUUUUUUUUUUAAAUAUGAUUAUUAAUUUUAUUUUAAUGGAAGAAAGAAAGAAUCCAAAAAAAAAUCGAUGAUUGCGAAAGAGAAAAAAUUGUGAUAAAAUAAUUGUAAUGGGCGAAAAAAAGCAGAAAAAGAAAAAUAAGGAAUGACAUGACCUCUCAGUGGUUCUUGAAUUAAAAAUGUCAAAAUGAUUAAUAUUAUGUUUAAGAGAAGUGAGUAACGUAGAUCAUGCUUUAAAAGCAUUUAAGUUAUAUAAAAAAAUGAAAAAUCGGACAAAAAAAUCAGAUAACAAAAAUUCGAUUUGUUUAGUAAGAGAUAAUUUCAAAUAUGUUAAUUGUAAGGCUCAAUUAUCGUAAGGAAGAGUAAAUAAACACAAGAAUUUUGCGAGAAAUCAAUUCAAACGUGAGAUGAGACCAUAUUAUUCGAAAGAGAGAAAUGGGCGGCCAACAGAGAAAAUUGUUUUCAAUGUGAUAUGAAGAAAAAAAAACGUUCAUUCAAAGUGCUCUCUCAUCGAGUGCUUCAGUUUUAUUUUUCAAUCGAAUACAAACUCUUGACAUUUUUUUCUACCUUUAUAUUUUGUAAUCGUCCUCUUUACGUGGCACACUUAUUGUACUAAUUUUUUUUUUCGUGACAAUUUCUUCUUUAUUUUCGAUAAUAAAAACAAAUUCAAAUUAUAUAAUAUUUUUUUUCUAAUUUAAAAAAAAUCCAAAUGUCUUUUCAUUGCAAUAAUUGUACAAAAUUGAUUGUAGAUUUAAUGCACAAUUGAAUGAAAACGUUCUUUGAUUUGAGAAAAAAAAA